AGGACCUCACUCGUAUCAGCGGAAGACGAGGAUUCGGGCUUCCAGUGGCAACCGAAACAGCGGUAUACGGACCUAGUGCUGAGACCGACGGAUCAAGUGUAUGGAUUAAAAUCUGCUGCUUGUUCGGGUGUACUUCCUGUUGUUGCACCGUUCGAAAUACUGAGGUGUCGCGUCAGAUUCUUUCAGUAGUGUGGUAACGUUAUUUCUAAAGCCUGCCAUUAGGUUAAAGUUGCGCAUAUUCUCAAAGCAGCGCGCAUUAGCUCUGUUCAGCAAAUAGCCAGUGCGUCUGCUCAGCGAACCGGACUGUGCUGAGAUGUUCCACGUCUCGUGACAAUUGUAGCACAGUCACAUUUGUUGGAUUGACUGGGUUUUGCCGUGCGAUUAAUAAUUACAGUAGUUUCAUAUCUGGCAGGCUACGAAACAUUGUCUCCAGUAACCUCACAAAUGCUGGGUUCCUGAUGGCUAAAGCAAACUGACCAGUUGACACACAUUUGAAGUCAAGGAAGUGAGAGGACUUCGUUCAUACGUGUGGCUAAAAGUAAUAGCAAAAAGGUAUCAUGUCUUCCAGAGACCGCCGCUCUGACCUGCACAUAAAGGCGGAGCCCAGCAGUCCGGAGGGCGGAGGCGGAGGGGGGCGGACCAGCCCGGGCGGCGCCUCCUCCGACUCCUCGCAGAGCGGGGGCGGAGGUGCGCGGGGUGAUGGCACCGGGCGCUACUCCUCACCUAUGUACAGCCCGGCCCUGCGCUGCCACUUCAAGGAGGAUGGGGCGGACGGCGCGGAUGAAGGCUCGGCGGGGGGCGGCGGCGGGCGUUGCAAGUACGCCCUGAGCACCCUCCCCAAGAGGCUCUGCCUGGUGUGUGGGGACGUGGCCUCUGGCUACCACUAUGGUGUGGCCUCCUGCGAAGCCUGCAAGGCCUUCUUCAAAAGAACCAUCCAGGGCAACAUUGAGUACAGCUGUCCGGCGUCCAACGUGUGCGAGAUAACCAAGAGGCGCAGGAAGGCCUGCCAGGCGUGCCGCUUCACAAAGUGCCUCAAAGUGGGCAUGCUCAAGGAAGGAGUCCGUCUGGACCGGGUGAGAGGGGGAAGGCAGAAGUACAAGAGGAGGCCCGAGGUGGAGAACGCUACAUAUCAGAGUGCCCCAAUACCCAUUAAGAAAGAGGGAGAGAGAGGCUCUCCGAGCAUCAUUGUGUCUCACCUGCUGGUGGCGGAGCCCGAGAAGCUGUUCGCCAUGCCCGACCCUCUGCAGCCAGAUACUGCUCAACGUACCCUCACCACCCUGUGCGACUUGGCUGACCGCGAGCUCGUCGUCAUCAUUGGCUGGGCUAAGCAUGUCCCUGGAUUCCUCUCUCUCUCCUUGGCAGACCAGAUGUCUGUGCUGCAGUCUGUGUGGCUGGAGGUGCUUGUGUUGGGUGUGGCCUACCGCUCGCUGGGCUGCGAGGACGAGGUGGUGUUUGCCGAGGACUUCGUGCUAGAUGAGGAGAUGUCGCGGGUGGCAGGCCUGACUGAGCUCAACGCCGCCAUCUGUCAGCUGGCGCGGCGAUUCAGAGCCCUGCAGCUGGACCGGGAGGAGUUUGUCAUGCUCAAGGCCAUCGCUCUCACCAACUCAGACUCGGUCUACAUCGAGGACAUCGAGGCCGUCCAGAAGCUGAGGGACCUGCUGCACCAGGCGCUGCUGGAGCUGGAGGUGCAGCAGCGGCCAGAGGACCCGCAGCGAGCUGGCCGCCUCCUCCUCACGCUGCCGCUCCUGCGGCAGACGGCCAACCGUGCCCUCACCACCUUCUACAGCAUUAAGAGCCGCGGCGGAGUGCCCAUGCACAAGCUGUUUCUGGAGAUGCUGGAGGCCAUGAUGGACUCACCCUAGCCGCCAGGCCGGGCGGAGGACGAACGAAUGAAUGGCAAGCGGGGAGAGACACAGCAGGACAGAGUGUGACACAUAGUUUUUUUGUUUCUUUGUUUCUUUGUUUUUUGAAGAAGAAGAUUUUUAAUGUUAGAAGAAAACAGAAAAACUGAAAAGCAAAGACGGAUUUUUUUUCACAGGAGGAGCUGAUGUCAGAGGUCUCUUCAAAAACGAUUCACAUGUAAAAUUUGCUCUUUGGCGGGUUGGUGCAUAACUUGAGGUACUUCUUUGAAAUGUUUGUCAGAGCUGUCCUCUCUGGGUUUUAUUUCACUAAAGGUUCAUAUGGACUGAUUUCUUAAACGGUCAUUUGAUUAUAUGUUGAGGUACCUUGUGGGAAUAAUUUGUGCCCAGAAAAGAAAGAUCAAGGUGAAAGUUAGCAGAAUCAGUUACUGUGUUAAUACUUACUGUUCUUAUCAUGCAGCUUUCUAUGGAUUAUACCAACAAAAGUUUAUAUAGGGACCUUCCAUCACUGUAACCCUGGGGGCAGUGAUGUGUCAAAGAUAUGUUAUACUACAGUUAUAAGAACUCUUCUCAAGUGUGGCAGUCUGGCUGACUUUGAGAAAGUCAAGUCAUGAUUCUCCUUCUCCUCUACCAGUAGCUCCCUCUAUUAGGACUAUACCUAAGCCAUACAAAAUGCUACCCAGCUGAAAAUAUAGUAAUCAUUGCAGGCAACCAUCUAUAGAGAGCCAUGUUUGUCUACUUCCAGUCCCACUCCUCUCUCAAUGUGUGUAUAUGUGUAGUCAGUUUAAUGCACGGCCGUUUAGAAGUACUUGCUGUAAACGUGCAGGUGAUAUCUUGAUUUACCUAGCAAUAGUAGAUGCUUUGGGGUUUGAAAUAUGCAACACGUAAAGGAGUGUGAACAUCUUCUGAGCAGUGUGUAGACAAAAGGUUACUGAGAAAAAAGCAUAUAAUCGGCUGAAAACAUUUUAAGAUCGAACAUUUUAACAACUGAACACAGUGACACAACACUAACAGAAAUAUCGUAUGUGUUAUAACAUGCAAUAUGUUUUAAAGCAAUAUGUAUUCUUUCACUGAACAGAUAGCAACGACUCAUUCAUUUGUCUGUGGGGGGUGUUGGCUUGGCUUGGUCAAGUCUUUUGUGCAGCUGAAAUUUAAUAUUGCAGUUACCUGUAGUUGAAUAGUGAGAGCAAAGGUACAAAAAGGGAAUACUGUCAGCCACCAGUCUAUCGCUCUAUAUCUGAAUUUGUUGCAUAGAUUAACCGUCUGAAUCUUUGUGUGUUUGUGUGUGUGUGUGUGUGUGUGUGUGUGUGUGUGUGUGUGUGUGUGUGUGUGUGUAUCUAUAUAUAUCUGAGCAGUGUGUGUGCGCUGUCAGAGUAAACUGAUGACGGUGCGUUUAGAUCAGGGUAAAAGAGCAACCUCAGCCCCUGUAGGCCAGAUGGCUCUCUUGUUUUGUUUUUGUAACCUGCCUGAAAGGACUGCAUAAGAACUCUUAACCUGAGGUUACACCUGAGAUCCCAGUUCUUCAGGUGACCAACACUAUACUUCACUGGCUGCCAGUGCAGAAGAUGGCACAAAGACUGUUUCCAGUGGGUUGUUUCUGUUUAAGUUGUCCUGCUAAAACACAAACAUCACCUCUGCAUUGCACAUUCUGAAUCCCUGUAAAGUUUAAGAGAGAAACAGAUUCCUUAUAUUGUGGGAGGGUCCGGAAAGAGCAAACUCUGAAUCCUCACGACAGACUCGGGUGCACUGUACGCCCUCAACCGGUCCGUUUUGAAGCAGGAGGUAGUGUGCUGUGGGACUGAACUGCUGACCUCUUUGACUGAGAGCAACAUUUGCUACAAUAAGAAGAGUAUCACAAUAUGUGGCCAAAAUGAGCACGCUCAGUCCAAGACCAUUUGUUUGUUUGUUUUUUUCUUUUGUUUUCCUAUUUUAAGUUCCACUGCUGUUUUAGAGUUGUUUUUAGAUGUUUGUUUGCAGACGUUUGUCUGGGAUUAUAUGCAAUCAUGAUCAGAGUUCUACAGCUCUGCUACCUUUUUAUUUAUUGUUUGCAUAUGAAAACAAAAGGAAGAGAAGCCAAUUGCCGUCCAGGCCAAGGCAGAAUAAAUAAUAAAAUUUAACCACUGAUCAACAGUUUCCAGACCUCUGUGAAAUUACAUCAUGCCUUCAGGGUGCUUUUCACUGUAUGUUUGUAGUAAUGAUUGUAUGUAGAUGUUGAAAGUGGUACAAAUCAUGCUUAUUCCAGGUAAAAAGGAAGUGGCAUCUUAUACACAGAUAAUUCCUAAUUCUGGGCAGUAAUUGAACUUUUGAUUAGAAAAUUUGUAUUUAAAUAAAACAUAUCUAGUUCAAGUGUAAACUGAAUCUUGUUCUGAGAUCACCCAGCCCAAAAUGCUAUGGGAAAUAGUAUGAUAGUUGCUUGAAUUUUUGAUCUGCAAACAUGAGCUUCUUCUCUCUUUUGUGGCUUAUUAUAUUUUGGCUGACUUGAAUACAGACUUUCCAUAAACUAUUACACAAUAUUACACAUGGCCUCAGGUUUGGUACUGAAAUAAAGCAAUCUGUGUGGUUGAAUGUUGUAAAAUGUUAGUUCUAUUGGAUUUUUUUUCUUGCUUUUUCGCAUACAUUUUUCAAAAACCUGUUGAUUUGACAGAGAGUACUAACUGAACAAGAAAAAAGAAAGGCAGGUAAAGAGAUUUUGUCAUUUUCUGUGACCCAGUAAUAGUUCAGUUUUGCAGAAUUCAAGAACAGAGUCUAAGUGGUGUUGAACCCAAGACUCGAGUCUCUAUAUAUAUAUAUAUAUAUAUAUAUAUAUAUAUAAAAUUUCUGCAUUGGCUAGACUUCAGUAAUACCUUUCAAGUUGCUAUUCAGUCUAAGUCACCAAAAUCUUAUUAACACUAAAAUGCUUUUUGGGUUGUUUAACAAGUUUUCUAUAUAUUUAUCCUGCUCUUUUGUAUACAGGGAAAAACGUGUCUGUCUGUGGUUCUUGGAAUGUGUACAUAACCACAAAUGUCUGGGUCCAUUCAAGAACGAUGUUUAAAAAAAGAAAAAGUCAAUGUUUGUGUCAAUAAUUCUAAUUAAAUAGCAACUAUAAAAAUUAUAUUACAUUAUAGUGUUUUCAUAACAAUCAGCAUUAUAUGAUGCCAUUUUGUCAUUGGUAAAUGAGAUUUUGGGGCAUCACAUGAUUAGACAUCAUUUAAGGUCAUGGGUAGCUGUUAGUUUGUCUGUGUAUAUUUAUGUAAAUGAGCAAUACAAGAAUUUACCAAAACUAUGUUUUCACAUUUCUCUGUAUAGUGACAUAAUGUAAAUUAAACCUCAGCAGUAAUAACAGUGUUAACAAUUAAUAGAAAUAAUGACGCAUAUAAGGUAAAGAACAAAUCAAUGUUUGUAUUUUAAAAUAUUGUAUUUAAAAGAUUAAAUUCUAUUUUUUACUCAAUUUGCCGAUGUUUAUUAAUAUUAUUUUGGGUUUUUUUGUGUGGGUUUCAGUCUGAUGAUUGUGAAAGUCUGUGCUUUUUUUAAGCUAAAUAGUUCUGCAAUAGUGAGUAUAUAAAUAUGUUCAUAUUGAAUCACUGUGAUUUAAAGGCAAACACUAAAACACCACAGGAAUAUAGGGGUAUUUUAAGAUAUUGUCGCUGUCAUGUGUUUUGUAAUAAAUUAACACACGUCAGUA